UUUCCACCAAGUCACUAGGCACUUUGUUUAAUGCUUUUAUUCAGACGUAUUGGAUUCUUUUGAAUAAGAAAGGAAAUUAUAAAAAAGGCAAUUGCUACAUCAAGGCUAGGGUUAAACAGACUUUCAAGGGGAUGGCGCUUGACGAAGGUAAGCCUCAAGAAGAGGUGCUACUUGAUGCACUUUGGAAGCUGAAGGAGCUCUACGAGCUACUCAAAAUACCUCCCCCACAAGAGGAAGAAGCUGCUACACCGAGCACUGAAUCGAUGGAGGAGCACAGGAAAUUGAUGGACGAGCAGAUGGCACUGGUGCGAUCUAUGGAGGCGAUGGAGUUUAACCAGGCAAGCAUGGGAGACUUGUUCUCGGUGGAAAAGGAGCUGGGUCAGGGAGGCCAAUCAAGUGUCUACCAAAUCAAACGCAAGAGCGACGGUCAAUUGUUCGCUUGUAAAUCAAUUCGGGUCACUGACAAUCUUGAAGACCAAGCGGAGUUAGAGAUGAGAGUACUCACGAAACUCUCCAAGAGCACAGCAAAAAGUGGUGUGGUUCAACUAGUGGACGUUUUCAAAGAACAAGAAUACCAUCACCUUGUCAUGGAGUUGUGCCAGUGCUCGCUGCGAGAUGUGUUGAAGGACAAGGGGAGGCUGAGUGAGCACGAGGCAGCACUGGUGAUGAAGAAAGUGGCCAGGACUGUGGGCGAAAUGCACGACAUGGGAAUAGCUCAUAGGGAUAUCAACACUGCCAACAUCCUCCUAGGGAUUAAGGAGAAAUUUGACAGCAUAAAGGUGGCUGACUUUGGAACGUGUUGGUUGAGCGAGGGGCCAGGCGUAAAGUUUAGGAUGAGCGACCUUUCUGGGACACAGGCUUACAGCGCCCCAGAGAUGGUGAAUUCUGAUGAUGAGUAUGAUGAGAUGGUAGAUGUGUGGGGCGUGGGCAUUGUCUUGUAUGAGAUAUUGUCGGGGCAGUUUGCAUUCUGGGUGGGGAGGAAGGAAGUGCCGGUGACCUCCCUUGACUGGACGGAUGUGAGCGAGGAAGCCAAAGAUCUCAUUCUCCAGCUGCUCCACUUGGACCCGAGAAAGAGGCUGCCAAUCCAUGAGAUUGAGAAGCAUCCAUGGGUCGUCAAGCAUUCUGCUGUACAGCAGGAAUUGUGUCUGGAGAUGGAUUUGAAGCCGGGCUUGAAGCGAAGGCGAGGUGAUCAGGAAGAAGCAGAGGAAAGUCUUGUGGCAAAGAAGGUGCGGCUUUGGAGCAUAAGUUGCCUUGACAGUUUUGGAGAAUGAGAAUGCCAUCCGAGGAGCACUACGAGCGUCUGUUGGACAUGUCUGGUCGGGCCGAAAGAAAUUCUAUCCCAGCCACGUUGUACGGGGGAAUUUUCUUGCCUUCAAGAACGAAAAAGAGAGAAAAGAAUUCCUACCA